UCAGGACUGGGUUUGCCUACAGAAAUAACACAAGAAGGAUAUGAUGCAACGAGCACCUCAACCAAGCUGUUUUGACCGCGUUAAGGUUGGAUUUAUGAUGGGGUUUGCAAUUGGAAUGAGCUCGGCGGCACUGUUUGGAACCUACUCCGCUCUAAAGUAAGACAAAUCAUACGGACCUUUCCUAGUCAUAACUUAAUUCAUUAAAUGAACCUUGGAUGAAUCUGUUUUUUUAAUAUAUGACAUUGAAGGGGAGGGGUGGCGGAUAGUUUGGCGAUUCAUUGGAGAUCACCAGGUGUCGAAGAGUGACAUUUCAUUCCACUGAUGCAAAUUAGUAAUUGUAACAGCACUGAGUGGAGUCCAAUUUGUAAUGGUAGCCGGACUGAGUGGAGUCCAAUUCGGUUUGUAAUCAUACGAGUGAUUAACAAAAUCAGACGACCGCGUAGUGGGAGUCCGAUUUGUUUAAUCACGAGUAUGAUUACAGACCGAAUUGGACGACACGAAGUUUCGUUACCAAUUAAUCAUAACUUUAACAAAAUUUGUGAAUAAAAGGCCCUUUUUUUAAUCAGCACACAAGAAAUUCCAAGUUUUUUUGCUGGCAGUGAAAAAAAAGCCAUUUUAGCGUGCGCAAAUGGCGCAUACUGUCCAAUUACUAAGGCAUGAUGCGUACUGUCCCAUUAAACUGUCCCAUUAAGGCUGAAAUCAGGACAGUUGAUAGCCAAUCAGAUUUGAGAAUUUUGUUACAGUUAUGAUUAGGCCUGUAAUCAUACAAGUGAUUAACAAAAUCGGAUGACCACGUAGGAGGAGUCCAAUUUGAAAAAAAAAUGACUUUUUCAUUUUCCCUGACGGACUGACGUUAGUAGUGGUUCAACCAUUACAAUUUUAAUCAUUGUAGUGCAAAAUGUUAGUCACCAAGAAUAUUUAAUAGAAGUUAUGACACGAUCGCUUUUGACAUUUGUCAUAUUGAAAAUAAUAAUGGUGUUAAUUGAUUUCAGAUAUGGACUGAGAGGAAGAGAGCUGGUCAGCAGUAUAGGAAAAAUCAUGCUUCAAGGAGGUGGAACAUUUGGAGUAUUUAUGUCUGUUGGCACUGCUAUCAGAUGUUGACUUUAAGAUCACAAACUUUGACAGAACCUGAAGAUGAUGCAAAAAACUGUAUUUAAAAGAGUGUUCUUUCUCCAGUAGACUGAAGAAACAUCAGAGCAACAGUGGUUAAAGUUAUUUUGUUUGGCUGAUAAAACCAUGUUGAAUGCAGCUGAUUUAAAUAGGAAAUCCUACUCCUCAAAAGGGACAAUUAAAAUAGUAAUUUUUAAUGUACUAGUGGAAUCUUAUCUUGGUAUUGCAAAGUUUAAUUUUUUUCGGUAAUUAUAAUGGCAUUUGAAAAUGCAACUCUGCCAGAGAAGUCACACUGAAAUGCAAGGCUGUCAUUUUCUAAUUUAUCCACUUUAAAAAGUGUUGCAAAGUUCAGUUUUUGGUGGACAAUUUAACCAGAUUACUCUGUAAGGUAUAGCUAAGUGUAAGAAUAAAGUAAUCUGGUGUGAUGUGGAUGGGGCCUGAGUGAGAUAUUGAUUAUAAAAUGCAGUUGGACCUUCAAGUCCAACCAUUUGGACUCUCUUUUAGCAUUUUGAGUAGCUGCUCACAAUAGGACAACUGUGUCACCAAACAGCUGUGCAAAGUCAGUGGCCAAUCAGAGCAUAAAGUGACUCCAUAACAGAAAUGACCAUGAUCUUGUUACAUUCUGUUCAUCUGUCAGGGCUUAUUAGCCUUUAUUAGAAGAAAGGAUUAGUUUUCAGAGUUGUUGGCGAAUGAGAAAACAGUCGAACCUCUCUAAUACGGACACUGAAGGGACAUAUCAAAGUGUCCGUAUUAGAGAGGUGCCCGUAUCGAAGAGGUCACUACGAUGCGUCCCCUUUUUAAGUGUUCAGUAGCUAAAAGCAGGCUCACACUCGUCUUUAAACUGCAUUUAAAUUUAUUAAUUCACAGAACAAAGAAACUGUCAUUCAGUAGCAUACAACAUUGUAGAUCUCAGCCACAAAUUAAGUUCAGUAGUAGACAAAUCACUGUUUUAACAUAAAACUAGGGUAUCUAAAUGAUAGUAAUGCUGCGGCACAUUCUGUUGAUACUGGCAUUAGUUACGCAGUGAGACUUAAAAGAAUCAAAAAUGACAUUGAAUGUCCUAUUUACUAUUUAUUUUGGAAAGUACUAGAAUAAUUACUAUCAGUCUAUAGAAAGAACUCGUGGGAACGUUGUUUAGAAAAUGAUCAAGUGGUUACCAACUCUGGUUUUCCCACAGUAAAUUGUAGGAAAUAAUAGAAAUUCAGAUUGUUUAUCCAUAUAUUUAAUAUACGGUGCACGAUAUUUUCUCUGGAAACACAAUACUUUUCUCGCUGUUUGUUGCACUUUAUUAAGUAACAGUUAUUUAGCUAUAUAUUUAUAGAAAACAACAACAGAAAAAACGAAAAAAAAAAGAAAGUAGGAAUAACUAAUUCGAUAGGACUCGAACCCGGCACCUUCGAAUUGACGCGACUACACUUAACCACUACACGACAGAGGCUGCUUACGUAAUCUCUAGUAAAAGCCUUUAGCUUUGUUCCUUUUCCAUGAAACUUCCGCCGGCAAGAUGAUCGCCAGCCGCAUUAACCGAGCUAUUAACAGUGAAAAAACAAUGUAAACGCAUAUUCCACGGCAAUGAAUGAAUGAAAGAACAUAAUUAUGCUUUUCAAAACGCCGAUACACGUCCUCGUCUACAAAGUAGGACACAAAACAUAUGUUUUGUUAUCUCGAUUUCCGCUGUUAUUUUGAAGCGAAUGGUCAAAAUCACAUCCAUUUUCGGCUCAUACAGUUUCUUAAGAAUAGCAUUGCAUGACAUUUUCUCACUUUCACAUCACCCUCUAGCAAGCUGGAAUUUGUAUAUCCCCCGUGUUGCGGAGUCCAAGAGCAAAUGCUCAUCUUCUCGUCAGGUUUAACACCUGGACGAGUCAAAGGCUCUUGAAUUGAAAUCCAAUCCCCAAGUUAACCAUCGUACUCAUCUGAAAGACUCCUGCGUGUCUUAAAAUUUGGUAAGACCUCUAACCGUGCUGUAGAAAAUUUGCCACAAAGAAAACUCUAAGUCUGAGCAGCGAACGAUGCACUCUCUUACCAACAGAACUUCCCCGUGUUUUUAUUUGAGUUGUUCGUGGCGCAAUGCACUCUGGUUAAAUGCAAUGCAUUGUGGUAAAAAGUGUGGUUAAAUGCAAUGCAUUGUGGUAAAAAGUGAUGAAUUCGAGAAUUCGUCGCCCCUUAUAUAUUUCCUUUAAAUCCUGAUUAUGUUGCUGCUCGCUCCCUUCGGUCGCUCCGCAGCAACAAGCUACCGCGCAAUGCUUCAAGUAACAAGUUGUAACGUAUAGCACAAUUCUGAAAGCGUUUGCAAGUGCAGUUAACAAUAACUAGAACACAAAAUGUAAUAGAAAAGAUCUUUAUGCUAUCUGCAGUUAUUCAAGCCUUAAAAAAGUCG